AUGGGAAGACCGCGCCAUUUCGAUGGAGUCGAAAGCUCAGAGCAAUUGGCUUUCAUUGAUGAGCUACAGGCGCUCGGACUGAGUAACUCUAUCAAUCUACCUGAACUUGUCGUGGUAGGUGACCAAAGUGCGGGCAAGAGCUCAGUGCUCCAAGCUAUCACUGAGGUCUCUUUUCCAGUAAAGGACGGGACUUGCACACGGUUUCCUAUUCAGAUUUCCUUUCGUCAGAGCUCUACUGCGAAGAAAUUUCCUGUCAAGGCUACUGUUGUGCCAGGUAAACAAUGCGAGAAUGAUGGGGAAUUGCUAGCUCGGAUCAAGGAAUUCGCAGUUGAGAAGGAGGAGCUGACCCCUGAUGUCAUUAAAGAGAUUAUUGAGAAGGCUACAGAAUGUAUAUUUGGCGAGCAUCAGCCUGGGAAGAGGGUAAGCUUGAGUGACGCGACGCUUCGCAUUGAGCGGUCGGGUCCAGAUGAGAUGCAUUGGACUAUUAUCGAUCUUCCCGGUCUUAUUCGAGGUGACAAGAAGAAAACGGAGCCUGUAGUAAACGGCACGAAAGGCGAAGUGCUGGAUUAUAAGUCAAUGCAGAUGAAUGCAGCUGUCGCAUCAGAGCUGGCUCGUGGAUAUUUAGCCAACGAACGGAACAUUGUCUUAGUCGUCAUUGAUGAUGUGGAUGUGGAGCGUCUCCGCAUCUUCGAGUUGAUGGAAGAGAUUCCAGGCCUGGAAAAGCGAUGCAUUGGUGUUCUGAAUAAAUGUGAUCGUAAACAAGAAGGGUCCGAUGAAUGGAUGGUCAAACUUCUUCAGAACGACCUGUCCACCGUUCCCCACUUCGACCACGGAUGGUUCGGAUUGCGAAGCCGAGUCCCCAACGAAGCCCACCUCACCGAUGCCGAGCGAGAUGAACGUGAACGUGACGAGUUCAAGAAGAAGGACUGGCAAGACGUCGUGAAGGACCGCACAGGUAUCAAUGCACUGGUCAAAUAUGUGGACAAAGAACGUCGAUCGCAGAUCCAGUCUGGUAUCCCACACAUCGUAUCUGAGAUCCGGGACAAGCUCAAGGAGUGUGAAGCAGAUCUGAGCCGAAUGGGUGAAGCUCGCGACGAUGCAAAAUCGCAAAGAUACUUUGUGUUUCAAUUUUGCAAUGAGAUGCAGCGGAUGGCAGAGGCAACACUUCGGGGUCAGUACCUAGAUGUGCCCUCCAAAGAUCCAAGAAUCAUGCUUCGAUAUGAAGUACAGCGCCGCGUGGAUCAAUUCUACGAUGAAAUGAGGGAUAGGGAAAAUAUGCCGUUCCCGUUCUCGGACUAUGAAAGCGACCUCAAUGCACUCAUUUCUCAGAGCGAAGACCCGAGGGUUUGGGAUAAGAUGGUCAAACGUGAUUCUGGUCUCUAUGGUGAGAUUUACAGAGAGGCUAAAAUCAGCGAAGGACGCAGUCUCCCUGGCACCAUACACCCGGAUGUAGAGGAGAAGAUCUUCCGCAAGCUGUCUGUUCAUUGGGAGGAGAUUGCGCGGCGAUUUGUCGAAGACGUGAAAGCUCUUGUUAAAAACUGCUAUGAUGUCUUGAUCCGCAUUGCCAUUCCUAAUAGCAAAGUGCGACUCGAGCUAACUCGCAUCAUGAUCAAGGCAACAGAAGAGUGGCACAAAGAUGCAGAUAUCGCUCUUUCUGACCUUGUACAGGACAACCAAGCCAGACCGCUGGUAACACGCAAUCCACGAUUGAUGGCGGACACAGUGCUUGCGGAUCGGAAUCGAGGAGAGAUCCUUCUUGGAAAGAAGAUGUUGUCUCAAAAGAAAUCUGCAGAGAAGCCUGUCCCCAAGGCCGAAAAUGAAAAUGACGAUGUCAAGGGUCGCUCCGAGAGUCAUGGCGAUGACAGUCGAUUCAUCUCCACGAUUCUCAAUCAAGUGCUUUUUGUGCGGGCUAGACUGCAGUCAUACUAUGAGAUUGCACUGUAUCGUUUCAUUGAUAAUGUGGCCAUGCAGGUUGUGGAGCGACACAUACUGGGACCAAGAUGUCCCAUGCUCGCUGUAUCUGUCAAGGCCUUCGCGAGAUUAGAUGAUGAAGAGUUGAAUGCCAUAGCUGGUGAAGACGAGUCGGAUGCGAGAAUGCGUGCAAGGCUUGAGAGGCAGCGGUCUCGGUAUAUCAAGGCGCUUGAGAAGUGGGAGAGAUUAAGAGUGCUUUAA